AUGGUGUACUAUUUUGAGGUUCCGGCUUCUUCUGCUGCAAGUGAUGACCUUGGAGACUUGCUAGGAGAUGAUGGCAGUAGCUCUGUUUUGCAUUAUAUUUAUAUGGGGAAAGAUAAGUUUGAAAAUGAACCAUUAGUAGAAAAAUCACACCCUAAGAAUGUAUGGUUCCAUGUGGAUAACCUUUCACUGGCACAUUUAUAUUAUCAACUUCCUUCUGAACUACAUACUAAGUCAUUUGAUAGUCUCGAAUUGGAUCCUGAAUUGCUCAAAAUUAUGGGUCAAUUGACUAAAGCAAAUCUGAUCAAGGGAAGCAAAUUGAAUAACGUCACUAUAAUUUAUACUCCAGUUGAGAACGUCUACAGUAACGGAGAAAUGGACGUGGGAACAGUUACGUUCAAGAACAGUAAGAAAGUCAAGAGAAUCCACGUUUCUAAGAAGGAUUCAAUCUUAAUUAACAAGUUGAACAAAUUGAAGAAAGAGAUGCCAAUACAAGAGUUUGUAGCAUCACAAGAAGAUCGCAUACAAACACUACAAAAUGAAAAACGUCAACGGGAACGCAAACUACAACAACAGUUCAAGGAGAUACUGAGUGAGAAGCAAAAGCAACGUGAGUUCAAUAAGGACCCAUACGCUGAUUUAUUUGAUAACGGGAACUUGAAUUCUAAUAACGAAAACCGUAACGAAAAUUGGGUUGAAGAGGAGUUCUGGUAA